GUUGUUGCUAUGUGUCUGUGCGGUACCUUGAGUUACAAUCCAGAAGAGAACAAGAGAGAUGGAAAUCCUGAUCUCUUUGAAGGGGACAUGAUCCUUACACCUGAACAAAGAGCUGCUGCAAUGGCUGGACAAGACGUUGACGGGCCAGCGAGCCGCGGCGCCAUCAGGAGGGGCUUGUGGCCAGGUGGAGUUUUGGUCUACCAAAUCGCUAGUAGCCGGAGUCCGAGUGCAAUGAACGCUAUUCGAAGUGGAAUGAAGAUGUGGUCUGAUAACACGUGUAUCACAUUUAGGGAGAGAAGAGGAAACGAGAGAAGUUAUGCGUAUUUCCAGGGCGGUGGAGGGUGUUCAUCGAUGGUUGGACAGACUGGACGUAGGCAAGCUAUCACUCUCGGAAGAGGAUGUUUGCACGUAGGAGUUGUUGCACAUGAAAUUGGUCACGCCCUCGGUUUUUAUCACGAGCAGUCCAGACCUGACAGAGAUGAGUAUGUCACCAUUUACCGACGAAACAUUGUACGAGGUAUGGAAUUUAAUUUCAACAAAUAUAGUAAAUCGACGAUCGAUUCCUUGGGAACACCAUACGAUUAUGGAAGUGUCAUGCACUAUGAUUCGAGAGCCUUCAGCAGAAAUGGACGGCCAACUAUUGUUGCAAAGAAAUCAGGGGUAACGCUUGGAAACCGCCGAGGCCUGAGCAAAAUUGAUAUUCUUCAGAUGAAACUGCUGUACAAAUGUCAAGGAGCCGGCGGCAGACCAGACCCUCCCCUCCCUCCUCCUACGAAUAAACCUCCAGGUGAAUGUUGCGACACUGGAAAGUACUGCAGCUACCACGUUCCACGUGGAGACUGCAAAAGAAUGGAGAUUGUUAGGAGGAAAUGUAAAAAAAGCUGCGGUCUGUGUCCAGAAGGAACUCCACCACCGAACACCAAUCCACCAUCUCCACCACCACCAGUUACCGACGCACCUCCUCCGCCAAGCACAGAGAUGCCACCUUCCCCCCCUCCACCAGAUACAGAUAUGCCACCGUCCCAACCCCCAGGUGAAUGCCGUGACACUGGCAAGUAUUGUAGCUACCACGUCCCUCGAGGAGACUGUGAGAGAAUGGAUAUUGUCAGGAAGAAAUGUCAAAAGAGUUGCGGUCUAUGUGGUGGAGGAACCCCACAACCACCAAACCCAGGCACUGACAUACCUCCACCCCCUAACACAAAUCAACCUCCUUCAGGUUCUUGCGGUGUUGCCCCUCUCGGUAACAGCCGUGUAAUUGGAGGAGACGACGCUAAUCCUGGUGCCUGGCCAUGGCAGGUUGGUUUGCAUAACAGUCAAGGAGGAUUUUUCUGCGGUGGAACCUUAGUAACACCAUAUUGGGUUGUCACGGCAGCACAUUGCAUUUCAACCUUAAACCCCUCGAACUACGUAAUUCGGCUCGGUGAUCACAACCGACACCGAAAUGAAGGAACAGAGCAAAAUAUAGGAGCAUCACGAGUUAUUAAACAUCCACAAUAUGACAGCAGGCGGAUAAACAAUGACAUAGCUCUUCUCAAACUUUCUCGUGCUGCAAACAUCAACGAUCGAGUGUCGCCCGCGUGUCUUCCCCAAGCAAACUACAUGGUGCCUCCAGGGACAGCGUGUUACAUUACAGGCUGGGGUAAGAUUAGACAUCCAGGUAGCUCUCAUCACACUCUACAGCAAGCCAAAAUAUCUCCAGUGUCAGAGUCAGAUUGUAAAAGGAAAAAUGGAAAUGGCAUAACAAAAGCAAUGCUAUGCGCUGGAGUUCCAGGAACUCGACUUGGUGGUUGCCAUGGAGACAGUGGUGGUCCUUUCGUCUGCAAAACUUCCGAUGGAUUCUGGGUACUCCAAGGUGCAGUUAGCUGGGGUUCGAACGACUGCAACGCUAUGCGCAUGUUUACGGUUUUUGCACGAGUUUCGGUGUUCAGGGAAUGGAUCGACCGAUACACUUCAUAGCGAACGCUUAAGUUCUUUAUUUCUUGGAAGAAUAAAAGUCAUAUAAUAUUAACUGUAUAUAACAGUAGGGUGUCUUUUGUUCUGCACUAUCACUCACCACAUCA